AUGUCUCAAGCCAAGCUUCCUCAUGUUCAGACCGAUUCUUCCGACGACGACGAUGGACCGACGACAAAGCUAGUAUUUCAGAGGAGCAAAUCAGUUGAUAAGCUACUCGGUGGCCAGAAAGUUUCUGACGUCCUGCUAUGGAGGAACAGAAACUUGUCAGCAGGCAUCCUCGCAGGGGCAACAUUGGUCUGGUUCCUGUUCGACGUGGUGGAGUACAACAUAGUAACGCUCCUUUGCCACAUUGCGCUGCUUGGGAUGCUUCUGCUCUUCAUUUGGUCGAAAGCUGCGCCUCUCUUUGACAGGCCGCCUCCACAGAUCCCAGAGGUGAUCGUUUCUGAACAAGCGUUCAGAGAAGUUGCACAGACCAUCCACUACAAACUGGCUCACUUUGUGUCAAUCCUGUAUGACGUUGCAUGCGGGAAGGAUCUCAAGAAGUUCCUCAUGGUGAUUGGGUCUCUGUGGAUACUGGCAAUACUUGGCGAUACUUGCAGCUUCACCACACUGUUAUAUGUUGGAUUUUUGUGUGCUCUGACUUUACCGGCAUUAUAUGAAAGAUACGAAACAGAAGUGGACCAUCUUGUGGCCAAGGGCCAUGAAGACCUCAAGAAAUUCUACAAGAAGGUUGACUCCAAUGUGCUCAACAAGAUACCGAGAGGCCCUGUCAAGACAAAAGUUCUCUAA